UAGUCAGAGAGGGGACAGAGAGAGAGGGAGGAGGACGGCAAAAGCAGGGCACGUUCGCUAGCUAACUGGAUAGAGGCUUUAACAUUAAGCGACGAUUAGAUUUUCCCCCACAGAAAAAAAACCAGUUUUUCAUAUACAGAUUACAACGGAAUAGAACAAAUAAUGCAAAUGUUUUAUAGGUGAAACAUUUGCUAACAUGGCUAGCUAUGUUAAAUAGUCUAGCUAGCUAAUCUCAUACAGCAAGCUAGGUUGCUGGCUGCUAGCCCAUCAAUCGAUAACGCGGAAUUACAGCUAGCUAACGUUAGUUAUCUAGCACACAGGCAGGCAAGCAAGCAUGCAAGCGGCAUAGGCAAUUGGCUGGCAGCAAACACACGUAGUCUAGCAGUCAACUGAAAGGUGACCGCUUACCAUGCAAAUUAAACCUAAGGCCAAGCAUUAGAAAGCAUUUGCGAGCUUAGUAAAAGACUGAAUUCUGACGACGAGAGACCGGUGUGCACGUAAGAAAGCGCAGAGAGGAAACACACAUUUUGUUGCCUCAUGCGCCUCCCAGGUUUUCUUCGUUUUGUCUAGCCAGCUAUUGAAAAUACAAAACAAAAACCAUGUGGACCACCUUAGCGGAUACCGCCCGGACCCUGCAAAUCGCCUUCCCUGGGGUACGAGUUUCUUCGGGCCGCUGACCGGACGCCACGGAACCCCGACGUUGAACAAAACAGUAGUUGGCUUUAAUAAGGAUUCAUUAUCAGGUUAAUAGUGGAGAGGGAGGGCCUGUGAAAGGGAACAGCACGACCUAGUCUGGCACCGGUGGACUGUUGCGGAUCUUCCCUAUCAAGAGCAAAUCCGUGGGACCAUGUUGAGUAUUUUAGCCGCGGGAUCCAUCUUUUUCCCAGGACUAUUCCUGCUGUCGAAGCGUUGUCUUAAACACAUCCCAGGACUAAGAUGGAAUGAAGGGGAUGCUGUUAUUGUUUCUGCCAGAUUGGUCUCUUCCAUUCAGGCAGUCAUGGCUUCUUCAGCAGGUUACAUCAUUGCAACUUCCUGUGAUGACAUCAUCGAGGACCAACACUGGCUAACAAGCACCUACAUCCUAUUCGCAGUGCCCUACUUCGUCUAUGACAUCUAUGCCAUGUUUAUGUGCUAUUGGCACAAACUGCAGGUCAAAGGUCAUGAAGAUGACCAUGGCCCCAAGCCUAUUGGUGCAGCCCUGAUCAGCUAUCUACGAAGAGAAUUCCUCAUGGUCCUACAUCAUGUUGUCAUGGUCACUGUCUGCUUCCCUGUCUCUGUGUUCUGGCGCCAGGGAAAGGGAGAUUAUUUUCAGGGUGUCAUGUUCCUGGCUGAACUCAGCACACCAUCUGUUUGUUUGGGAAAAAUUCUUAUUCAGUACAAGCAGCAGCACACUCUCCUGCAUAAAGUGAAUGGAGGUCUUAUGCUGGUCACUUUUUUCAUCUGUCGAGUUCUUCUCUUCCCCUACCUCUACUACGCCUAUGGCAGGUACGCCUCAAUCCCAUUUUACAUGGUCCCUUUCUCAGUGCCCUGGCAGUGUAACCUAGGAGCCGCUCUUCUGAUGGCCCCCCAAGUCUACUGGUUCUCUCUGAUCUGCCGGGGGGCCUUUCGCCUCUUCACCGGCUCUUCUCGGUCCCGCCGCCACCCCCCUACGGCCAAGGCCGACUGGGAUGGUAAUGCCCUGUCCCCUCCAGCCAACGGCUACAGCACCCGGGAGGCGGAGCAGGAGGCAGAUACACACUGAGACCGGGGGAGGCAGGGGGUGAAAGGAGAGAGAUGGGCAGGAAGGGAGGUGUGGAAGUGGGAUAAAGCAAAGGACUGUGGGGGCUGGAGAGGAGGGACGAAUGGGGUGAAUGGGUUGUACUGUAUUUUGGGUUUUGGAACUGCAGCUUGUAUCCAUACAGGUGAAGCAAAGCUGGCCAUAGCACUAAUAGAAGUAAGGAGAAGAAAUGAAUGGUAGAGAAGUAGAAGCAGAAAAUGUUUUCUCUCACUCUUCUUUCUUCUUAGCAAUCACUGUUAGACUAGAUUCAGAGAGGAGGUAAAGCACUACUGAUGAUAUAGUGAUGCUCAUCAUGCAACUGAAAGUAAGAAAAUUUGGGUUAGCAGAACAAAAUGGCCUAAUUGUUAAAUGCUAUGCUGAGCCUGCCAACUGGGAGGUUUAUGGUAGUCAGUUGCAGGGUCUAAUGGGGUGAUAAAGUACAAGAGUGCUUACAUUGAGGAAAAUGAUUGAAAGGCAAGUGAGUCGAUGAGUAUGAUAGAUGGUCUAAGGAACACUAGAAUAGCCAACAGAUUGUAUUCUUUUAAAAGAUAAAAUCCUGUUAGGGGAUGUAAGGGGUUUCAGGAUUUAGGAAUGUAUUAUAUUGUAUAUGAUAGUAAAUUAUUGUAGAUGACCAAUUCAGCUUAAUUAACAAAGAAGAAAACAAACAGUAUUUCAUCAUUUUAGUGUUUAUUUCCGAUGUAAUCACCAUCAUUCAUAAUGUCAGUCGCUGUCAAGAUUAUUGUUCUCUGCAGGAAAAAGAUAAUCUCAAAUGAUUCCAUAUUAUGCUGCCUUAUCCCUCCUUAUAUUUUCCUCACCCUUUCUUUCUCUGUUUUAGUCUGGCUGUUACAUUGUUUCAUUUGCAGAAGGGGGCUGAAGUGUACUAUUCUGGGCAUGUGACAAGUGUACAUAGCAUUUGUUAGGGCGGGCGUACAUUAUACGAUUUUCUCACGGGUUAUGAUAUCAGGAGAUCGGAUGCCCUCUCGCACUUAACGAGGUUCAGAUUGUGGCAACAGGUCGGAUGAUAGCCAUAGACUAUACAAGCUCCCGACCAGAUCAGAUGACGUUACAGUCGGCAAAGCACGGCGGGCGGAACAUCAUAUACGGUGCCACCUCCUGAUUGGUCGACGGGAAUUAAAACUCAGAAUCGGCUCACAUGACCUCUCACACCUGACGAAUUCAAGCCGAUUGUGCCUGAAUUUUUUGUGACAUGUCAAAAAACAAUAAGGAGCCCGUAGGCCAGUUGACAUAAUGUUUUUCUUACGAUUUGGUCCCGAUCAGGGAAAAAAACCGAUCAGGAGACCGCAACUCGUAUAAUGUAUGCCCACUUUUAUUGUACAGUUAUUGUUUGUGUCCCUUGCUUUUAUUCGUUUUAUUAAUGUAAAAGCUUUAUGUGAUGUUUGAUCGAUACUCAUUAUUUAUUUAUUUUUUAUUUUUUUAUGGAUUCAAAGGAUUUUAGUACGGGUAGUCAUUUACGUACACAAGGCUUAUCCAUGCCCCUGCUCCCAGUUACUUUAAUACACGGUAGGGACAAAGAGGGAAGGGAACCCAUUCAGUGGGAGGAAUAAGGCAGAAUGAUGAACAGUUUCAACUGGACUCUAGCUUAGAGGCCAUGGAUUAUUUGCAGCUUUUCCACAGAAAAACUGUACUAAAUUAUGGGGUUAUAAUGGGCUCCCUCAGGAAAAGCUAUAACUAAUCUGGGGCAAAGACUAUGAUUAAACUUCUGAUACAGUGGAUGUCAUUGUAACAUAAUGCAGUGUUAUGUAGCAAAUGAGAUUAAAUGAGUUGCUGCAGUAAAUACAGUUCACAAGCUAUGUUUAGUGGACUGCAGUGUGCUGAAAAAGAUCAGAAACUGUACUCGAUGACUGUAAUGUCCAAAAGCUUUGUUCCAGCUUGGUACAUACAAACCACCUGAUUCAACUGAGCAUUCGUAAUUAAAACAAAAACUACAUUUCCCAAAGUCAGGUAUUGUUUGAAGAGCUAUAAAAUGAUGUUGUAUUCCACUUACCCAAUAACUGGAUAAUCGAAACAUUACUUUGUAUUUACCGGUACAUAAAUCAUGCAACACUUGGAGCAUUGAAAAGUCACAGAACUACUCACAAUUUGACUUACACUGCGAGUCAAAAUAGUGUUUUCUUACAUUUAAACAAAAUGUUGUUUGAAUACUAAAACUGUGCUGUGCAAGCUGCCCAGUAUGUGGAUUUUUUCAUUAUCUUGAUUAUGGAGCCAAAGCUAUUGAUUGAUUUGUUCUGCCCUCAAGACAUAAUGCACAUCUGAAUCAUUUUCCAUCAGGUGCAUACUAUUAUAGCCAAGGUACCGACUGUUGUCGAUGUGAUUAAGAAUACACUGCAGCCCUCUGAGAAACAAGGGAACCCUCCAUUUUAAAGCUAACUCAAUAAUAACCUACUGUACAAUACUGCCCAUUAUUGCUUUGCACUCUGCAAUUUGCACGAUGACAUUGAGACUGCUCUACCUGUAUUUCUCUGGAGAAAAAAAAAAUCCCCUAAUUUUGCCAAGUUACCAUGAUAAUUGGUGCUUGUCAUGAAAAGUGUUAAAACGCAUAUACUGUAUCUUCCAUAAUCUAUUUAUGUAUUUAUUUGUUUUGGAAGGUUCUGAAUGUACAUAUUUAUACAUAUUUAUUGAAUAUACUGUAUCUGCUUCUGUUCCUUGAUUGCUACCUAAAGGCUGUACUGUACCUCUUAUUCUCUUGGCAAAAAUAUACUCUGAUGUCCUCC